CGACUAUGCAGUGUUUCGUUUGGAAAUAACUCAAAGCCAGAAAGAAAACAAGGCAAUGCGGAGGAAACUACAGCAACUAGAAAUUAAGGUGGCACGGGACCGAGCAGACAGGACAAUGCGAGAGCGCGUCCUCGCCAGUCAUCCUAGUAAUGUCAAGAUCCUCGACCGAUACAGAGGAAAGGCUAAAGGUGAAGGACAUCUCACUGGAGGCCACAGAAGCUUUGUGAAACCAGCAGGACAAAAUACAUGGAGAGAUGACCAACCAAUUACUGUUGAUGAGGGGAUAGGAAACUCAACCCAGCAUGUUAUCACGAUAGAGUCUGCAGAUGCAGGUCCUGGGGUCAAGCAGGAGAGGUCUGAAGGAGAGGAGGACCCACGGCACAGCAGAGACAUCCAGACUGGACCGCCCCCUGUAGCUACGGAGAACCCCACCACCGCCCAAGAGCAGUCCAGGACCCAACGCAGCUUUAUGGAGGUCAGUGGAACGCUGAACACCAUCCUCAAGUCAGAGACAGACACCGAGACUUUAACGGGGAUAAACCGACUGGGCUGUCCACCUGCAGAGCAUUUACUUUACGGCAACCUCAGCCCGAGGACUGUUCUGUCCCAUCGGGACUCAGGUGACACUUUACAGACUGACGAUGAUCCAUCGUGUUCAUACACUACAGAGACAGAGAUGAUACCUGGUGACAUGCCUGUGGUAUUAGAUACACAGACUAAUCCAAUGAGAGGGAACUGGAACCAGUACAGUAGUAGUGUAUACUCUGAACGGUGCCGAGAUAAGAAAGGGGAGGGUCUGGUCAUAGAUGAGGUGACUGUGAAAGUGGAGGGCGACGUUUCUCUGACAUGGAAUGCAUACGAAACUCACUUAGGAGAAGGACACUCGCAGGGCAGCACCAGUGACUUUUUAGACUACAGAGAAAGCUUAGAGACGAAUCUAAAUGUCGCGACCCACUCCCCUUUACACGCGUUCAAGGUUCAGGACCCAUUAUCCAUGUCGAUGGGGCCUUCCAAUUCACACAGGGAACAAAAGGCCAAGGCGCGGGGAGGGGGAGCCACCUCAGGCAAUAGUAAAGAGAAACGGUUCCUCUGCAUGUUCUGUAACAAAGGCUUCCGCUGCCCCCAGAAGGUGGACAUCCACCAGAGGGUUCACACAGGGGUGAAACCCUUCAGCUGUACCCAGUGUCACAUGCACUUCGCCCAGGCAUGCACCCUGAAAAGGCACCAGAGGGUCCACACAGGGGAGAAACCCUUCAGCUGUACCCAGUGUCACAUGUGCUUCGCCCAGGCUGGUGACCUGAAGAGGCACCAGAGGGUCCACACGGGAGAGAGGCCUUUCGCCUGUGCGCACUGCGGGAAGAGGUUCUCAGAGAAGAGCUACCUCAGGUUACACGAGCAGAAAAAACACUCCACUCUAUAACAAACACUUAUAUCAAAAGACAAAGAUUAACUUUAGUUGUCAUCAGAAAAUAUCCACAGAUGCAUUUGGAUAUUCCUGGGUAGAAUAUUACAUCCAGACAUUGCGUUAAGGAAUACUGUAUAUACAGUCCCUACAGUGCAUUUGGAAAGUAUUCAGACCCCUUGACUUUUUCCACAUAUUGUUACA